UCAGUGCAAAGAAGCCAUUUUUGGUGUUGAUGAAGUGGUUAAUUCUCCAGAGCCUCUUCAGUUUCUGGCUGCCUUGCCAACCCAGGUGUUAGCUGUUCUGAUGGUUUUUGUUCUGUGGAUGUGCCAGGCUGAAACCACUAAUACCUGUUACACAGAGCAUUAAACAGGCAUAGAGGGUUAGCUACAUUCAGAUUUUCUUGCUUUGGAUGGGUCUCAUGAGCCCCAGAGAGGGAGUACUAUUGGUUUCCAGCUGGAGUGGGAAGAGGAGAGGACCUGGUGACCUUCCAGCUUGUUCAGAUUACCUUUGCACAGUGGUGGCUGCAUCAGAAGGGCUCUGAAUCAGACAGAUGAAAGUACUUGAAAGCACCUGUGCUGUUUGAGGAGUCAGUGCUGCCUCUGAAAAUCUGCCAGAUGGAUUUCCAGAGCUGGCUUGCCUUUCCAAUGGGGGUAUUGCUGUGCUGUGCUCUUCAGACAGCUGCUAUUCAACAUCCUGCAUCUCACAACUGCACCAGCGAUGGUCAAAGAAUAUCCUUCAGCCACUCCUACAAGAUUGACCUGCCCACAUCCUCCCAGAUUAAGGUGGAGGCAGAUCCAUUCCAGCGUGAAGACAACAGUGGAGUGCACCUAGAUCCUGGAGAGGCUGAGGAAAAUGAAGAGCAGAAUAUAAGCUUUAGGCACAAUAUCCAUGUGCACGCACCCAAAGGGGACUGUGAAAAUUUGGCCCACAAUAAAGGUCUGCUUGAAAGGAUAGAGAAGCUUGAGAAAGAAGUGGCAGAGCUGAGAGAAAUUUGCAGCCCUGAGAAGUGCUGUGGGGGAAACCAAGAUGUCUCGCAUUGCAGUGGCCAUGGGACGUUCCUGUAUGAGACAUGCAGCUGUAAGUGUGCUGGGGGCUGGGAGAGCAGUGACUGCUCCAGUCCUUCCUGCCCCAGCCACUGCAGCAGACAUGGGCGCUGUGAUGGUGGGAAGUGUAUCUGUGAUGAGCCUCACUUCGGUGAGGACUGCAGCCAUCAGCUUUGCCCUGAGAACUGCAGCAGUAAUGGGAUCUGUGACACAGCCAAAGGUGUCUGCCAGUGCUAUGAGGAGUUCAUCGGGGAGGACUGCAGUGAGAAACGAUGUCCUGGGGACUGCAGUGGCAAUGGGUUCUGUGACACAGGAGAGUGCUACUGCCAUGACGGCUUCUUUGGCCUUGACUGCUCCCAGGUGCUUGCUCCUCAGAACCUGCAGCUACUGAACUCCACAGAGAAGUCUCUGGCUGUCAGCUGGGAUCCAAUGACUGAUGUAGAUAAUUACAGCUAUUACCCAGUGGGGUAUGAGACAUUGGUGAAACAAGUCCACAUGCCCAAAGAACAGUUCAUCUGUGAGACUGUGGGUCUCCGGCCUGGCACCAUGUACAAUAUCACACUUCAUCAUGUGAAGAAGGGGACUGCUAGUGAGCCCAAGUAUCUAGAAGCAAGUACAGCUCUAUCUGCAUUCAAUGCCAUCUGGAUGACAGAAGAAAUGGAGCACUCCCUGGAAGUGGAAUGCGAGAACCCACCAACAGAUGUGGAUUAUUACAAGCUGAAGUUCAGGUCCCUGGUGGAGAUGGAUGAGAAGCAGGUCAUGGUACCCAAAAGCAGUAGCCCUAAGAGCAGACACAUAAUGACUGGCCUGAAACCUGGCACUGAGUAUGAGGUCGCUGUCAUACCCAUGAAAGACAAUAUAGAGGGGAAACCAUCCUCAGUGAGUGGUAGGACUGAAGUUGAUAGCCCAACCAGUGUGGCAGCUGACCAAGUGACAGAAGAUAUGGCCACGGUCUCAUGGAAUAAAGUUGAGGCUCCCAUAGAGAGGUACAUGGUGAGAUAUACCUCACUUGAUGGAGACACAAAGGAAAUAGAGGUGGGGAGUGAAAAUGACAUGGUCACCUUAUGGGAUCUGGACCCAGGCAUGCAAUACAUCAUCUACAUCUGUGCAGAGAAGGGGCCCUAUAGGAGCAAGAAAGCAAGCACCGGAGCUGUGACAGAAAUUGACAGCCCAACUGAGCUGCUGACUGACCAAGUCACAGAGGAUGCCAUUACUGUUUCCUGGAACAAAGUCCAGGCUUCAAUAGACAGAUACAGAGUGAGCUACAUCUCAGCUGAUGGGGACACAGAGGAGAGAGAGGUGGAGAAAGACAAGAAUGUCACUACCUUGGCAGGACUGAAGCCAGGCAUGGAGUAUGUCAUUUAUGUCUGGGCAGAAAAGGGAAAACAGAGCAAGAGGGCCAGGGCUGAGGCUGUGACAGAAAUUGACAGCCCGGCUCAUCUAAUGACUGACCAAGUGACAGAGGACACAGCCACUAUCUCCUGGGACAGGGCCUAGGCUCCUAUAGAUAGGUACAUGGUGAACUACACCUUUAGUGGUGACACAGAGGAGGUAGAAGUGGGAAAGAACGAGACCACUACAAGACUGACAGGACUGAAACCUGGCAUUGAGUAUAUUAUCUUCCUCUGGGCAGAGAAGGGAACACAGCAGAGCAAGAAGGUCAGCACUGAGGCAUUAACAGAGAUUGAUCCUCCCAAGAACCUCCAUGUAUCAGAUAUGACUCAUUCUGCUGGUGUGGUUACCUGGACUCCUCCUGCAGCACAGAUUGAUGGCUAUGUUCUGACCUACCAGGGUCGAGAUGGCACAAGCAAGGAAAUACAGCUCAGUCCUAGUGAGCAACAGUUUGUGCUGGAGGGACUGGAACAAGGAGUAAGGUAUACCAUCUUUGUGGUACCCUAUAAGGGAGAUCGCCAGAGCAGAAAGACAGUCAGUACCUUCUCAACAGUUAGCUCCCUCUACCCAUAUCCUGCGGACUGCAGCCAGAUGCAGCAGAAUGGAAAUAUAUCCAGUGGCAUGUACACCAUUUACUUGAAGGGGGACUGCAGUAGGCCAGUGCAGGUGUACUGUGACAUGACCACUGAUGGAGGCGGGUGGAUAGUGUUUCAGAGGCAGAGCACUGGUGAGGUGGAUUUCUACCAGCGCUGGGAAAAUUAUGUGGAAGGAUUUGGAGAUCCCACAGGGGAAUUUUGGCUUGGUCUUGAAAAGCUGCACAAUCUCACAAGCAGCAGUCCCAUUUGUUAUGAGCUCCAUGUGGACUUAUGGACAGCCAGCGAAUCUGUCUACGACUUCUUCCAGGUUGCCUCAAGCAGGGACAGAUAUAGGCUGUCAGUGGAAAAUUACAGAGGCAGUGCUGGGGAUGCAAUGACCUACCACAAUGGCUGGAAGUUCACAACAUGGGACAGAGACAAUGAUGUGGCUCUCAGCAACUGUGCUCUGACACACCAUGGUGUGUGGUGGUACAAGAACUGCCACUUGGCCAACCUCACAGCAAGGUGCUUUAGUGAAAGAAAUUUCUUGGCCUUUUCCCAGGGUGUGAAUUGGGAGCCAUGGAAAGGUCAUGAAUUCUCCAUCCCUUUCACUGAGAUGAAGAUCCGUCCUCAGGCUUCCAGUAAUGAGCCAAUCCUGGGGAGGAAGAAGAGGUUUCUAUUAGGGAAGAGGAAGAAGAUCAGGGCUUAAACUGAACUUGGUGCAGGACAGUACCUAAAGAUAAUGAUUCUUAACAAAAAGUUAGAUUCAGAUAGCUUUCUCCAAUACAUUGGAGACAAUAGCUGACCAACAUGCAUCCAGAUACCUCCGAUUCUGCAGCUCAGCCUGCUUACAGACUUUGGAGCUCCUGAUGGCUGAUCUGUCAGAGACUGGGAA